AUGUCGACCAUGCUGCGUGUUGCGGGCACACUUCUCCCUGUAGACGUGCAAUGCCGGAGGUUUGUUACGGCUAAAAGGUAUGACCUGGCCGAGACGGGGUACGGCCGCGCCCUUCUGGCCGCCAUGUCUGAUAUGGACAGGCUACAGGAAGUGGAGGUACUGAAGAGUCUGGGAGACUUGAAAGUGGAGAAGGGAAGACUUCACAAGACCGAAGCCUCGCGGAACUUGGAGCAGGGCCUGAACCUGUACAGGGCCGCACUGCUCCGGUGUGAGGACCCGGGGGAAGGGGAGUCCCUCGUACAUAGGAUCAAACUCGCCGAGAAACUCAGACAGAAAACACACAUGGCUGGCUCAACCAGUGACACUAAGCUUAACUCUGUCGCAAGGACUUCAGAAAUCUUUCAAGACCUGGAUAAGGCAUGGGCUAAGGGUGGCCAUUUGGACUCCAUCUUGGAUGGCUUCACGAAGUUUCUUGUAGAAGGUAUAACGGAAGAAAAGAAGCUGUUAGAAGUAGAGGCCAUAAAAAGUCUCGGAGACGUGAACCUUAGGAGAGGAAGAGACUUAAAGGAGCCCAGACACUUGACCAAUGCUACAGCCCUGUACAGCACAGCCCUGGGGCGGUGUGACGAUCCACAUGGGAAAACCGUCCUCACACACCGCUUACUGCACGCAGCAAAGAUGAAGCUGAAGGACAGAAAUGCCAACAAGUGGUUGUCAAGCGGACCUGGCAAAGUCAGUAAGAGUCAUGACCUCGCUGCAGCAGAUAAUGUUAGAGAGUAUAAGGAACACUUUAAGACAGGUAAAAAGGCCGUACGGAAUGGAGACCUGGACUCAGCAGAGAAGCACUUUGCAGCAGCACUCAGGCGCGUACAUUUCAGAGACCCUACUGUUCAGCAAUACGGAAGAGAGGUUCUACCUCUGCACAAGUUGGGCGAUGUCUACUGCAGGCGAGGCUGCCAAACAGGAGACGGGGGAGACUUUGUCAAGGCGGCGGCGCUGUACCAGGCAGCAGCAGCCAGGUCAGGGGAUGAAGAUUCUAGGGACAAUCUAAGAAAAGCAGUUAAAGAAACAGAUACCUUGUUUCUCAAAUAUACUUUACAUGCUACUGAUACUAAGAGUGGAGAAAGCACUUGCGAACAAAAGUUAAAUCUAAGAGAAAUGCGCGACCAAAUCAAGCAGGAAAUGGAAACCAUCGACAGAGAGCUGAACCCCUACAAACAUGCUGAGGAAAGUCAGUUGGCAAGAGAUAUAGAAGCCAAGCGAGCUGAAGCUGUCAGGAAGUUAUUUGAGAGGAUUGCUAAAGAUAGACAGGUGUUUAUUGGGCAGCUUGUAGAUGAGUGUAUCGCAGUGAUGGGUCCGCCUCCCUGUAAGUAUGCCCUGAUAGGUUUGGGUUCACAGGCCACAGGACUGGUCACUCCAUACUCAGACCUGGAGUUCGCCAUCUUGGUAGAGGAGGAAAAUGAAGCAAAUGUCACGUAUUUCCGUCGACUGACUCACUACCUGCACCUCAAGGUGGUCAACCUGGGAGAAACCAUCCUCCCAGCCAUGGGUAUAAAAAGUCUGAAUGACUUCUACUCAGACGACCCACUAGACAACUGGUUCUACGACUCUGUUACACCACGUGGGUUUGCAUUUGACGGCUCCAUGCCAAAGGCGAGCAAGACCCCAUUGGGCAGGCAGGGAACUUCGACUGAACCAGCCAGUGAUCUUAUCCGCUCACCAAAGAACAUGGCUGCAAUCUUGGAAAAGGAUAUCUCAGUGUACUUGAAGGAAGGAUAUCACCUGGCUGGGGUUUUGAGAAAUGUUUGUUUCAUAGCAGGAGAGCAAAGUUUAGUUGGUGACUAUGCCGACAUUUUGGUAGACACAAUGAAAGUCUAUGGUGCAGAAAUAGCUCAUAGACUGGCAAAGGAGAUGAUAUUCCAUAACUGGACACAAGGCCAACUACCAACAGGGACACUGUUGGAUGUAAAGAGAGAAAUUUAUAGAUUCCCGUCUCUUGCUGUAGACUGUUUGGCACUCUGUUCAGGUAUUACACCAACCACAGUGUGGAAAACUGUAGAAGAGAUGGAAACUACAGGCGUGGUCAGUGCAGAAAACGCGCAUCACCUGAAGGUGCUGGUCAGCAUCUCAGCAGAACUCAGGCUGAGAACCUACAUUGCAAACGGUGGUCAGAAGGAAAACCUGUCAGCUUUGUCGGCAUUGAAUAUAUCACCAGACAAGAGUAUCUACCAAACCAGUGACUUACAAAAGGUGUUUUACAUUUCUGAUGUCAAGCAGUUGUUCAGGUAUUACUUCACAGCAAUUCCUCUUGAGAAACUUAUGUCAGGCGAGCAAAUUCCUCUCGAGGACAAGUUUCUGUUACUAAUAAUAUCCAUAAGAGUAGGCCUAUUCUUGGAUAUCAAGUUAUUUGACAACUCUCCAAUGGUAAAAGGUGAUUUGUACCAUUUGUAUCAUCAUAACAUGGACGCCGUUAAAUGUUAUCAAGAAGCCCAACAUAACUUGGCGGCUGGACCAAAUCAGGCGGCAUUACUGUCCAAACUGGGUUCAUCCUGGGCAAGUUUAGGGAACUACAGGAAAGCUAUCGAUUACCACGAAGAGGCUUUCGAAAUGCUCAAGAUAUUCUACAAUUCCAGUACAAAGCAUCCUAUGUUUGAGUAUUUACUACACAAGCUAGGAAAUGCCUGGUAUGAACUGGCGGAUUAUCAAAAAGCCAUCAGCUACUUUAAGAGGGCACUGAACAUGAGUAAAAAUAAGUAUGGCCACGAUACAGCACACCCUGACAUUGCAAGAGCACUCAGUGGUCUGGGUUUAGCUUGUCAGAUGCUUGGAGAUCACACGAAAGCCCUGGACUAUUUUCAGCAGACAUUAACAAUUCAUAGGACUCUAUAUGGCGCGAUUAGAGAACAUGUUGAAACUGCGAGUGCACUACAUAACGUUGGCUUAGGUUUGUAUUGCAAGGGCGAUCUUAAGAAAUCUGUUAUGAUUCUUGAGCAAGCGCUGCAGAUGAGAAAGAACCUGUACGGACAGAGUACUGCACAUAAAGAUAUCGCCAUCUCUCUGGAGGUGCUAGGAGGAGCCUGGCAUGAACUGGGUGAUCCCAAGAAGGCUAUCGGGUAUCGAGAGAUGGCUCUGAUGAUGUACAGGGCAAUCUAUGGUGAGACUGAGGCACAUCCCGACAUUGCAAGUACUCUUGGCAGCCUUGCAGCGUCUUGGAUUUACUUAGACAAAAACAAGGCUAUCAGAUACGCACAGCAGGCACUGGACAUGAGCAAAACGCUCGGUAAUGACAAACAUGAUGACACUGCAAAUGCGUUUAACAACCUUGGAUCGGUUUGGUGGAAGUUGGGUGAGAAUAAAAAGGCAAUCAGCUGCUAUCAGGAGGCUCGGCACAUAUUAAGAAGUAUUCAUGGUGAACGCGCAGCACAUCCCAAAAUUGCUGUCUCUCUAAAUAAUCUUGGAACAGUCUAUGGUGAGAUGGGUCUUCAUGAGAAAGCAAUACGUUACUUUGACCAGGCACUUCGCAUGUACAAGACUGUACAUGGUCCACGCACAGAGCAUGCAGACAUUGCACAAUGUCUCAACAACGUAGGGGCGGGAUUCAAUGAACUAGGUGAUCACCGAAAAGCAUUCGAGUACUUUGAACAGGCAUUGGGGAUCUAUAAAAGCUUUUUUGGUCCAGCCGCAUCACAUCCAAAGAUUGCCGAAACAAUGAACAAUCAGGGAUAUGCAUGGCAUUUUUUGGGUGAUUACAGAAAAGCUAUAAACUACUAUAGCCGGGGUCUGGAGAUGUACAAAGCUGUCUAUGGUGAAACUACAGCUCAUGCCGACAUUGCUGUCUGCCUCGGUAACUUGGGAACAGCCUAUAUGCGCCUUGGGGAUUACAGGAAAGCACUGGGUUGCUAUAAUCAGUCUUUGCAAGUGCUCAGGACCAUCUAUGGCCCGAAUUCAGCACACCCCUUCAUUGCCGGUACACUCUCAUUGAUAGGACUAGUCCGGGACAAACUCGGUAUUACAGGAAAGCCAUAGACUACUUUGACCAGACAUGUGAAAAGUUCCGAACUACAUGGUGCAGCACAACCUCACAUUGUCUCGUGAACAUUGCCUCGCUUUGCCCAGGUAUGAACAGAAAAUCCAUCGACUACUUGGAAAAGGCCAUAUACGUGCAAAGAGUGCA